CAUUCCCUCCCUUUCCCACACAGAAACAACCUCUCCCUUUCUCCGGCAUGUUUCCUAAAGCUGCACAUGGUUACUGUCCAAGGUAUUAUUUUCUUCUGGUUCUAUAGCAAAGAAGCAGCAUGUUAUAGAGGGGUCUUCCUGACACACCAGCUGUGCCCACAGGGGACCUUAACAGUGGAUUAGUCCGCAGAUUUGGUGACUUAUUUUGUGUAAACAAACCCAGUAUGCUUCUUGAUUGAUGCUCUGGAUUCUGAUGAGUCAUUGAAAUAAAUGCCAAGUUUGAAUACCCGAACAGGUGAAAUACAUUUGGUCUCAAGUCUCCACAAUCAUCUUUACCUAACUAACCUGGGGUGACUUUACAGAAUCAACAUGAAAGAUUACAGCUAUAAUGGCUAUGAGAACCAGCUUUUUAACGAGGAGGACUUAACUGGAGAAGAAGAGGAAAUUCCUCCCUUGAGAGGAAGAGCUAGAGGAGGAUGUAUGAAAUGUCAGCAGACACAUUCUCUUCAGCUAGCUGUCAAAAUGCUCUAUGGCUUUUUAGCUUUGCUUAUCAUUGCAGUGGCUGUCUUGGCAUCCCUUGUUUUCAGGAGAGUCGACAACUUAUCUAAAGAAGAAACAUUUAGCAACAAACAGAUUUCCAAGGUCCAAGAGAGUAUAAAAGAUAUCAGCGCUGUAAAUAACAAUUCCAACUGCUUAGAUGUUGCACAAUACCAAGAGGAGAUUGCCAGACUGAAGAAAGAAUAUGAGGAUAUCCACAGGAUGCUACUCAGUCAAGAGCAGAAGUUGGACCAGGCUACCCAAUCCCAGCAAAGUCUCACACAAUCCAGCAACAGAAUGACUAGAGACCUCCAGUCCUUCGGAAUUUUCAUCAAGCGUAUAAACCAGUCUCUGGGUCAGUACCUGGAUCAAGUAACUGGCUGGCAGGUUGUCAUCAAUGAAACAGAUCAAGGGAUGAAAACCUUUGUUGAGGAUCAAUAUGAUUUGAAGGCCACAAUGAAACAAAUCAACACUACUGUUGCCCUUAGUGCAUUGUGGAUAGGUGCACUUCAAAGAAAGGCAGAGGAGGAAACCUUGGUGCUUCAAAAAAUAACAUCAGAUUGGCAGAACUACAGCAGAGUUUUAAGUGCCCUGAAGUCCAAUGCCAGUAUAACUACACAGACUGUGAGGGCUAUUCAAAAUAGUGUCUCUGCCACCCACCAGCGUAUUAGUAUGAGUUCAGAGAUGGUUCAUGACCUCACUUUGCAAGUCAUUAACCUACAGAUGCAACUGGACAAUGUCUCAUCUUACACUGAUGAACAUGAGGAGAACAUGAAUGACCACCAAUACCAUGCCAAGUACUACGAGAACCGGACCAGGGAACGCUUUGUGACUUUGGAUGCAAGAAUAAAGUCCAUUGAAAUGGAGAUUGACACGCUCUCUUCCAGCUUCAAAGGAACUGUCAGCCAUGUCCAGAGCAUGUACCAAUACAUCAACCAAGAGAGUUCCUCUUGCCAAUCCAGAUUGAACAGUCACACAGAAGAUUUGCAGAACAUUAACAACACAGUCUUGCUUCUUCUUCACCUAGCUGACACUCUGAGAAUGCAGUACAUGAUGAUGAAUGUACGCCUCGAUGCUGAUGUGAGGAACCUAUCCAUGGUGAUUGAGGAGAUGAAGCUGGUAGACAUCAGUCAUGCAAAGCUGAUUCAGAACGUCACUAUUCUGAAAGGUGUGUCUGGUCCACCAGGUCCAAAGGGAAACAGGGGAGAAUCAGGAGGCAAAGGACCUGUAGGUGUAACAGGACCGAAAGGAGACAGGGGACUUGCAGGAAAUCGUGGAUCUCAAGGAGUUAAGGGUGCUAUGGGAAUUAAGGGUGAUCAAGGGGUGCAAGGACCUUCUGGCAUUAAAGGUGGUCCAGGACUUAAAGGAGAAAAAGGGUCUUUAGGGCCACCAGGGUUUCGUGGUGAAAAGGGACAAAAGGGUGAUAUGGGGGCUUCUGGGAAGGAUGGAAUUCCUGGCCCCAGAGGAGUGGCAGGUAUCCGAGGGGAAGCUGGACUCCCAGGGGUGCAUGGACUUCCAGGACCAGUAGGAGUACAAGGACCUGUGGGACCACAGGGGCCACGUGGAAUACCUGGACCACCAGGGGAGCCUUCUCAGAGUUCAUGAGCAGAUAGACAUAAACCUUAAAAAUGAUAAUGCACUGACUGCCUUUCUGGACAGAGUAAUGGUGGUAGUAAACGUUGACUUAGAGAUGUCUCUCUAAACAAGACAAUGGUGGGGACUCUUUGGAAUCUUAGAGGCCCACAUAUACAUUCCUCAAACAUUGGAUCUUGCAACAACAAUACACUUUGUAAAGGCUUUCAACACUCUUUGGAUAGACCUCAAGCACAAUUCUAUACAGUAUACUGAGCCACUUCUCAAAGAUUUUAUGUUAAGAGUGGUUACAGAGCCAGGCUGCUAUGCAACCAUAGAUCAUACUAGGUACCAACCAAUAGACUCAAUCUUUAGCCAGCGUUAGCAUAUAAACACAGAUAGCCAUAGGACUAAUGAGACUCUGCUUUAUUGCUUUUAUGAAGUUUAUUUAGUAGUGCUGCAUUUGCCUCAUAAUCACAGAACAUUCAGAGCUGGUACUCUAAAACAUGAUUUUCAUUACGAGUUCAAGUAAACCAAAUAUUUCCACUCAUUAAAGGUACCAUAGGUACAAGUUUAUGAAACACUGUGCGAAAAGUUCAAAUGAACACAUUUUACAAUUGCUGACUUUGCAUGAAAUUGCAAAACCAAGGCAAUGAGCCGUGUGAACUGUACAGACAAAUGUAUUAAUUGACUGGCAAUGUACAACAUUAAGUUUUAAUGUUCAUAUUUGUUUGAUUUCCCAAUUUGUAAAUAUAGAAUUUUAACAGUUAUAAUUUUAUGUUAAUAAUGGGAUUUUGAGGAGGACUUCAUGAGUUGGCAUACAAUUUAUUCUCUUUGCACACCAAUAAAGGGUUAUACAAAUGUAAAAAAGAGGGGGCCAAGUUCACUAACCAAAUAUUUUCCAUUUUCAUUAAUACUUUUGUCAUUUCAUAGUGAAAUCAUGAAACAAAUGUAUACAAUAUGGUUAGCUAUCUACCCAGCAAGGACAAAAUGUUUUAUAACAUUUCACAUUGCAUUUCAGUUGUUGCUACAUGUUACUGUAAAAUGUACAAAACUUGCCAUUUUAAGAUUUGAAUUGUCAAAUUACUGUCUGGCUGUUU